AUGGUGCGGCGCACGCAUCUUGCGACUCCGAGAAGUCGACGGUCAGCCCACAUAAGAAGCCCCAGCUCGGCCCCACGACUGAGUCGCCACACGGCUCUUGAUCUUCAUCAGACAGUUGAUGGUCGUGUUGAACGUCGGAUGCGUCGCAAUGGUUUCCGUGAUUUACUUCACAAAUUCGAGCAGGAAAAACGCCGCAAAGAACAGACGGCUCAAGCACAGAUUGCCCGGCUCAAGGCUGAUGUCAGGGCCAGAGACAGUGAGAUUUACGACUUACGGAAUGCAACGGUCAUCAUGGACACAGAGAGGGUAUGGCUCCUAGAACGGCAAGUUGAAGAACUCAAAGACGAGCUUUCCAGGAACUCGGUUAAAGAGGGGGUGACUCAGUAUUACAGCUGGGCGAAGUCAUCAAGUGAUGCCUCAAAAAACGAUUUAAUGGAUACGGCUCGAGAUGAUGAUCACUUCGGUGACAGCACCAUGUUACAGUUGCAGGCCAGCACACCGGCAAGGGCAAGAUCCUCGUUUAUGACUCCUCCUGCAACAGGUCCACGCAUGCUUGCAUCUCCAUGCUCCCGGGCUGCCUCACCAACACCCUCCUCUCGCGAUACUCCGUUGUGUUAUCCGGACUCAAAUAAGCAACUACUUGAAGAGGAGAUUGCAUCACUGCAUUUUGAAAUGCACAGAUUGACAGCGACUUUGGAUUCAUAUCAUGCUCUUAGUGCGCGCAUUGGCGAUGCGCUAUCAAAUGGCCCUUCGGAGAGAAGCCGAGCCUUUUCUACCCUUGAGACCGUCGAGAACCAGGUCCAGUUACUGCUACAAACCAUGUCCGAACGGGCUACCGCAGCUUCACAUCUCACGUCUGCCAUUAGCGAGUUGGGGUUUCCCGGCGAUGAUGUGAGCGAAAUGGUUUUGUCGCUCGCGGCUGGCUUUCGAGCUGCUCGUAUCGAGCUAGAGUAUUUCACACCGGGAGAGGUUUCUUUGCCGCUCACUUCCCGCGGCGCGCAGGUGCUUGAUCUUCUGCUAAUGCGUCUGAGAGACCUGGCAAAGAAGUCCAAGGAAGAUGACGAGUCAAUUAACGAGUACCAUGAGAUUGAGCAAUCCCUACGCAAACAACUUGACUCACGAGUCUCCGUCAUGGAUGAGCUCAAUGAGAAGAUCGCGGGAGUAUACCGUACGCUCGACGAGAAAGACAACCGUGUCAGAGAGCUUGAGGUUAGCAAUGACCGACUCAAGGGUGCAGUUGACGGCUAUGUUCGCGACAUCGCAGAGCUUGAAAAGCUCGUAGCACGAAUGGAGAAGGAGCAUCGAGAAUCUACAAACAUGCAUAUCUCUCAGCAGAAGUCGAGUGAAGAUUCAAUCGCGGCCAAAGAUACUAUCAUCGCCGAACUGGAAGCUAAGAUUGAAAAAGCAGUCGUCCAAACCGCAGAGCUCCUCAAAGAAAUGAGCGCUACAGAAGUUUCUCUGACUAGGCAGACGGCUGCUAUGAGUAGACAGCACAGAACAGCACUCGCACUUCGGGAUGCGCGAGUCUCCGAGCUGCGAGGUGAUAUUGACAGGGUCAACGUUUCGCUACAACUUGCGCAAGAUACCAUUCACGCUCUUCGGAGAGAGAAUAGCGGGAUGAAGGGUCAGAUGGAGGAAGAGAGGAAGAAAGCCAAACACGCUAUGGAUUCGAUGAAGGAGGAGCUGCAGAGAGUCUUGCGAUUGAGCCAGAGUUUCCUUGGUGAGCCUAGUAUUGGUGAUCCAAGCAGCGAGUAUGGUAGUAAUGAACCAGAUACGCUUCGGACGGUUGUACGCUCGGGAGAAUACUUGGAAAGCUUGCGGCGCAGAGGGAGUAGAGUAUUGCGGAAGAGAUAUGAUAGUGGUCUGGAGCUUCUCAAUGAGGAUGAUGGGGACAUUUGA